UUCGAACCUUCAGCUGACACAGGCGGCCCAGCUGCACAGUACAGCUUCCUGUAUGACUCUGCAGGAGAAUAUGAUUUAUUUACUGCGGGAACCGCACUGCCUGCAAGUCUAGCUUCAAAAACCCAGCACAGAAAUAGUCUCGUUUUCACACUACCAGAAAUAAUGCGUCACAUGCUGUCAUCCCACCUUUUAAAUUUAGAUUUCAGCUGAAAUGUGAACGACAUAUUGGUUACUGGCUGCAUGUGUCCCACAGCCGUGACGUGUGACAUCAUCGAGCGUCCUUAUUCAGUGUGUUGCAAAUGAGGCAGUCAAUUUAUCUCUUCUUUGUGAUUUUGGCACUUUCUUUUGGCACUUCAUGGCUGUGACUUCUUCCUCCACAACACAUUUACGCUCAUCACUACCUCGCUCCUCGUUCCCUCCUUCUCUCCUCUUCUCAUCUUUCUUUUUGCCCCUGUCUAUAAUUGGAUUCUAUUUUCAGGCUGCUAUAAGUGUCUGUGUCUCUUGUGUUUGUGUCUCGCACCCCAUUUUCUGUCUCUCCUCCAUCGUCACCCUCUGCUCUUAUCACUCCCAUCACUCUCUCCAUCUUUCUGUCUCUGUGUAAAGCCACUCCGCUUAUUCUCCUUUUUUUUCCAGUUUUACCCAAGGUUGUGGAAAAAAAACCCUCCCACUGCCCUUUUCAUCCUUUUAUUUGUGACUGUUAAAUAUGUUGGAUAUCACACUGAAAGCCUUAUGCAAAAUUGUGUUAGCUGAAGUAAUGCAAAGUGGAGUAAACUGCACCUAACUGAUGUGAAUAGCUCUCGCUGACCUAAUUCUGGUAGUGUGAGUUACACAGCGAUCAGAGAGAGAGGAGGAUAUAUUUAGUUAGUAUAAGAAAAUGUAAAAAACGAUCUUGAUAGGUACUGUAGAGUCUACAAAAUACAGGAGUGAUGUAAGCAAGCGAUGACGUGUAACACACCUUUACGUUGUGGCAUUUUAAGAGAUGCAAUGAGCCAAUUAAACAGCAUUUAUGAAGGGGAGGAGUGGAAAAUGAGAGGCUGACAGAGGGAGGGAGCCAUACUGUAGAACUUGGUUGGCUGUUGGGAUGUCUCUAGAGAUGCAGCACGUAUUUAAAAGACGAAAAAGACUUAGAGAGAAAGGAGGAGAGACUAUCAGAGAUGGAAAAAGUUGACUGACGAGUCGAGGAAAUGGGGAUCUCUCACCAGAGCAAAAAACCCUCAGCAGCGAGGCCCGGAAGCUGCAAAGCUACGACCCACACACCUCGACGCGGUCACGUGGCCCAGAAGCGCUCCACGCCCCUGCGGACGGUGCACAUCCGACCACUGCGAAACACACCCUCAUGCAAACAGCACGCUCAAACCGCGCAGACACGCAAGGCGCACACACAUCUGUCGCACAAGACUGGCUCCCAGUCUACACACUGCUGCCCGACGCAGCCCCAUGAGCAGCACACAGCACACAGCGAUCAACACUCAGGCUGCACCUUCUACUGCUAUUUCUGCUACUGCUGUUACUGCUGCUGCCUCACGUUGCUCUCUUUCUCUCUCCUCCUCCUCCUGUCUCCACCUCCCAACACUCCUCCCUCUGCCUCUUCCUCCACUUUGUCCUCAAAUACCACCCUUCCUUCUCCUUCCUCCUCCUCCUCCUCUUCCUCCAUCCCACAAUCAUCAACUUUCUGUUUGGAUGAACUUUCCUGUAACUAUCCUCAACCUGACGUCAACCUGACUUCUGCUGUGCCUCCUUACUGCCCUGUGCCACCUUGUCUCAUCUCUGAUGAUUCUUUACCUUUCCUCUUCAUAUCUUCUUCUGACCUCACCACCUCUGACCAACUCAAAUCCUCUUGCCACGGUUCUUCUUCUACAUCCUCUUCUACCUCUGGCUCCUCUAACCCUCCUCAUCAUCCUAUCCUCUGCCGGCCGUGGCCCUCUUCACGCUCUCUUUCCUCCCUGCUCCUCUGCCCUCCCAGCUUUGGGGAUCCAGUCUUAUCCUAUGCCUCCACAUUGGAGCAUAUUCCGUCUGGGCCGGCCCGGCCUCGGACGCUGCUGCGCCAGCAGAGUCUACAGCAGCCUCUCAUCCACCCGUCAGGCCCCGGUCUCUGCCAUCCCCCCACCACAUCCCAGAGCUUGGGACAAUUACACACAGCACCCGGACAGCCUGGGGGAGGCGGGGGUGCUGGGAGAGGAGAGGGAGGUGGCAGCAGUGGUGAGGGUGGGGGUUCAGGUGCACGAGGCGGUCCCCGGGGUGCACGGGGCAGCCCGGCAGGAGCAGGUGCCUCUCGCUAUAGGGGAGGUGGAGCAGGAGGGCGCUCGCGUGCCAAUCCUGGCAGCUGGGAUUACAUGAUGGACCAGAUCCGGAAUCGUGGCCUUGACGUCAAAUCCUUCCUCGAAGGGAAGCUGGUGGUCCUGGCUUUGACCAUUGGUGUGGCAGAGCAAGAUGACUUUGCCAAUAUCCCUGACCUGCAGGAAACAGCGCAGGCAGCACCACCAGCCAAUCAGGAGCCCCCUCCUGAGAAGAGGGGCAACAAGCCAGCUAACAGCCCUAAGGGCCAACCCCCUGAUGCUGACGGCCACUCCUCCGUUACUGACCUGGCCAACUCUCUCACUGGAGACAUGGUGAUGCUGUCUCCAGGGUCGGAGGAUGACGAUGGUGAGGGGCCUAUCAGUGAAAAGCUGGGCCGGAUCCAGUUCAGCAUAGGCUACAGCUUCCAGAACACCACCCUCACCGUCAAAGUUCUCAGGGGCCAGGACCUCCCGGCCAAGGACUUCUCCGGCACCUCUGACCCCUUUGUCAAAAUCUACCUGCUGCCUGACAAGAAGCACAAGCUGGAGACCAAGGUCAAGAGGAAGAACCUCAACCCCCACUGGAACGAAACCUUCCUGUUUGAGGGCUUCCCUUAUGAAAAGGUGAGAGAGCGCACUCUCUACCUUCAGGUGUUGGACUACGACCGCUUCAGCAGGAACGACCCCAUUGGAGAGGUGUCGAUCCCCCUUAAUAAGGUGGAACUGGGCCAGAUAAAGACCUUCUGGAAGGAGCUGAAGCCCUGCAGUGAUGGCAGUGGGAGACGAGGAGACCUGCUGGUGUCUCUCUGCUAUAAUCCCACUGCCAACACUAUCACUGUGAACAUCAUCAAAGCGCGCAAUCUCAAAGCCAUGGAUAUCGGGGGCACCUCAGAUCCAUAUGUGAAGGUGUGGCUGAUGCACAAGGACAAGCGUGUAGAGAAGAAAAAGACGGUGACGAUGAAGCGCUGUCUGAACCCCGUCUUCAACGAGUCCUUCCCCUUCGACGUGCCCGCCCAUGUUCUGAGGGAGACCACCAUCAUCAUCACCGUCAUGGACAAGGACAGGCUCAGCCGCAAUGAUGUUAUCGGCAAGAUCUACCUAUCGUGGAAGAGUGGACCAGCGGAAGUGAAGCACUGGAAAGACAUGCUCGCUCGGCCGCGUACUAACGUUGCCCAGUGGCACGCUCUCAAGGCCUGAUCGCACCGCCCAGCUUCCUCCAUGGCCCCUUCCCGUCUCCCGUUUUUCCCCUCUCCUCCCUCCCUUCCUCCCACUCCCGUCCUUAUGCACAAGACUGACUUGCUGCCAGGCUGCGAAACACGGGUACAAUUAGCCAUCUGCUCUCUUAAACCUUUAAACUCUUUUCUGUUUUCUUUCAAAAUCUCAGUUUCUCUCCGACUCUUCUCUUCUGCUCCCUCCCUCUCAUGCAGCGUGUCUUAAUUUUCGUCUCACCACUUUGCCAAUGGUUCCCCUGUUUCUGACUGUCUGUAUGUCUGUCUGUCCUUAUGCACUUUGCCUGUGGAGGUCUGAUAAUCAGUUUCUUUGUCGAUCCCUUAGUUCUGAACUGCACUGCAGCCCGUGACCCAUUCAAGGUGCCAGUCCCGUGGGAUCACAGAGAAUCUUCAGUAAUGAUCUAAUCUCAUAUAAUCCUAUUGUAUGAAUAUUCCAGGUACACGAUACUAUACAGUAUGUACUAUAUGUACAUAUACAUAAUAUAUUAGGAGUAUAGAUUGGCAGAACUCCGCUUAUACACAUGAGUAGUAUACAGUAUGUUAUAGUCUGUCUGCCGUUUCCCAUCUCUCCCGUCUCUUCAUUUGUUGCCUCCUCCUCGUCAUCUGUCUCAAGUGUACUAUAUUCUCUCCCCCAUUUCAGUCCCUCGUCCUUUCUACUCGAAAGUGGUUUAAAGGUUCAGCUGAAGUUGUCGAAAGCAAUCAAUACUCGGUUUGUGAUGAAACCAGCUGAACUCAAGAUGGGAUUGUUGAUACUGCUGUCUCUUCUCUCCCUCUUUUUUCUUCUUUAUGCUCUUCUAUCUCUCUUUUUUUCCGUUAUAGUUCCCCCUUUCUCUUCCUCUGGCACAAUAUUAGUGGAUUACUCCCCCCCGCCUCCCCCUUUCUGGACCCCCUCCUUGUCGUCUGUGUGCUGUGGGUGCUGUGCUGUAGCUCCAACAAAAAUAGAGAUUUAAAAAGAAAAAAAAAAUUUAACUGAACUUUCCGAAGCUGGGAAAGCGGGGACACGAUAAACUUAUGAAAAGGAUCGCUCUUGAUUUUUCCAGACAAAACAGCCCUGACACGGAGAGAGAAAAAAGAAGAUGAAAAACAUAAAAACAACAACACGCAAACUAAUCCCCCCAACCCUCGAGAUACUAUGAUGUCAUUUUUCACAGCAUCACCAACUGAGGAAACCAAUUUGAAAUGUUGUUUCGAUGUUAAGAUGAAAACAGAAGCAAAAACCUCAUUUUGUGCUGCAUUUGCACAUGCAUUCGGUUGUGCGCGCACACUUCCCUCUGUUUAUUGAUGCUAUGAAUUCCUUGUGCUGCCCUGUGCUCUUGUUUUGUGCUGAUGGGGGUCAGUCUAGACCAGCUUGACUGUAAUGCGUGCCUGUAGAUGUAUGUGUGUGCGUCUGUGGGUGCGCUUGCAUGUCUGUGUGUGCGUUCAAAGCAGCAACACAACUCAAACUCGACGGAAAUCUUCUUCUCUUUUCUCUUUCUCCUCUCGCGCUCUUCUUGCUCUUCUUACUGCCAUUGUUUCCCCAUCCUCUACUGCCCUGCCUUCUGAACGAGGGCACGGGGGAAGUUCUCUCUGCACUUUUUGAAAAUGUAAUAACAAUAAUAAUGAUGAUGAUAGUUUUCAUGAUGAUUACAGUACUGGUGAAAAUCAAGGGAGGAGUAUCUGGAGGGGUGAGCAGAUGUUGGGGUGAGGUGACGUCUGCUCCGUGAUUUCAGGGUUUGGAGAUGAAGUGGAGGACACAGAGGAUGUAGGGCUCUCAUCCUCCUCUUGGCUUUUUUCCCCCUCAGUAUACCUGGAUGUGUGUGUGCAAAUGUGUGUGUGCGUUUGUCAGCUGCCAGACUCCUGGUGGCAGACUGCUACUGUCCGAAAUGUCAGCCCAGGAUGGAGAUAUCAGGCUCGUCUUCUUGUCACAUGGAGGCCGGCCAGCACAGCAGCGCUAUUACGCAAUGUGUCGAUCAACAAGUCUAUCCUGUGCUCUAACCAACCGGUCUGUACUAGUACUGCACGCUUCUGUGCAAGUCUGUGAUACUGAACAAUAGGUACAGAUCUGGAAACAGUGAGACUGAUGUGCAUUUUUGGCUUCAACGGUGAAAGAAAAGGCAGAUAACAAAACCGUUCUCUGAGUUUUUGUUGCAGUUCACAGGAACUACGAACGACUGUGUAUCACAGACAAUGGGUGUGAUAUUAGAUGAUGGCCUGAUCUGCCACUGUGAGAUACUGUAGAAGCAGAUUAGACAUUAUCUCUUUGCUGAGUGCUUGAGAGCACCACAGAGUGUACUGGUAGCUGCCCUGCUUGUCAGGCGUAUGCAGCUCAGCUCGAUAUUUCAGUAACGUAAAUAAAACAGUCAUAAAGCAGCAAUGGGAAAACUGUCAGCCAUUAAGAGCUACUCACACAGACAUCUCCUCUGUCUUACUAUAUGCUCUACUGUACCUGUCUGUCUGUCUGUCUGUCUGUCUGUCUGUCUGUGUUUUUACAUUCUUAAAGCCCUGUGAAGUAUAAUCCUGUCAGCUGUUUAAUAUGUUUUUCCGCACUCCAGCGGCUUAGUUUUUAUGAUAUAUAUGAGAAUCCACCUUUCAAACAUCUCUCAAGUUAGACUUAGCAAGUAAAUAUAAUCAGUUGUUUGUUUUUUAAUGGAGACAUCACAGCGUUUUAUUGCAGCAUUUGUAGUUCUUAUUAACUCUCGCUCCUUCAAAAUGCUUUUAUCACACAAUAAUUUGAUAGUAUCUUGUUUUGAUGUAUGCCAACAAUAACCUGAUAAGAUUGUGCAAUAGUAGAGUAAUCUGUAGCAGGUUACUCCUCAUCUGGAGUCUCUGUAAGCCGGUCUGGGCAGCACAUGGUGUUCUGAGUGUGUUCUGGACAGUGUGUUUCGUGUGAGCCUCGGUGCUGGCUGCUGUGAUGCGCUGAUCCAGUCCAGCACCCUUCAGAACAAUUGGCCAGGCGUGGAACAGGGCCCACUGUUUUGACAGCCACUGCCUGCAGUGUCACAGCACAUUACACUCCCAUUAGGCAGUCAGAAAGGAGCAAUAUCUGCUUCCUCGGACUCUGGGGGAGUCACCCUUUGCAAAGGUAACACUUGCUUUGAGUAGUAGAAAACGUGGGGCAUGCUCAUUAGUAACCUCGUACAUGAUGGGCGGCGAUGAAACCUUGUCAGUCAAAAAAUGGAAAGUAAUCAGCGGGCGAUCGCUGCUGAAGCUGUGAAAACCACAUGUGCAGGCAAUGAGUCAACAUAAUACCUCUGCCAUUUCCUUUCACCGAGAUUCCAUGUUGCUCAAACAGUGAUAAAUUGUUAUGCUACAGGGGUUUGCAAAGCUUAGUCAUGACUGACCCUGUAAACUUGGGGAUAGGGUUUUAUUUUUAGUAACAUGAGGCACAGUUAUGUCACCGAUCCUGGAAGGUAGACUGGAGGCUGCAAGGCUACAGGCUUGAGCUUUUAAAACUUACAACACUGAGUGCUUUUGAAUAUAGAUUACUUCUUAAAUGGAAGUUCAUUGCUUGACAUUUUCUAUUUCUAAAUGUUUUAAAUGUUGGCCAUUAAAUAAUUAUGCAGUGACACUUGAAUACACUGUUUGAGCAAAGGCUGAAGGUUACAGAGCUAACCAGAGUCGUAAAAUGCUAGAAAAUGCAACUCAGUAAUUUUAGUUUUUACUUCAUUCUUUGGACUUUCACAGAAAAUUACAAUAAGUGCAAAAACAACCAAUUCUUUCAAAAUCUCCUUUUCUGGUCUAAUUAAAACCCAAUAUGUAGAUAACAUUUUAAGUGGUAACCUAAGGCACAAUCUGAAAGUUCACAUUUGACAAAAGUGAAAAAUACCAAACAAGGAAAGGUCUUAUGUGUCACACUGUAUAUGAGUUAUACAUAUAUAUAUAUAUAUAUAUAUAUAUAUAUAUAUAUAUAUAUAUAUAUAUAUAUAUAUAUAUAUAUAUAUAUAUGUAUAUAUAUAUAUGUACGUAUACGUAUAUGUAUAUGUAUAAGUAUAUAUUCGAAACAUAUUGAAAUUCGCCAACAAACUUGAAAUGUACAGUUGUAGGGAGUUUCAGCUGCCUUUUAAAUUGUGAGAACCCAACCAUAAAUACUUCAGGAGAAUGUCAUUAGUUUCAAAUCAUGUUUAUAAGUAAUUGUCAUAAAGUUAGUGAAAACCCAUGACAUACAAAGAUGCUGAAACAAUAUUAAAUAUAUUAGGGUUAGAUUUAAGCCAAGAAUUGGCUACUUAUGAGCCCUAAAUAAGCAAUGAUUAAUUCAACAAUAUAUCUUAAUUUACUCAGUUUCAAAUAAGCCAUUAUGCUCAAAGUGAUGAAUAGCCCGUAAAGCUAACUUGAUGAAUGAAAUGACAAGAAAAGAAAAAUGUUCACUUGUGAUUGUAAUAAUGUCUGUAUGUUCAUAACUUCUUUAAUUUAGAAAAUCGUGUCUCACAGUGGUAUAUAUAUCAUCCAGAAGUUGCACAGUCCAUAAAAUAUCCAGGAGUCCCAAACAUUAUGUUCUCAUUGCCAGCAGUCAAACAGCCGCACUAUUAAAAUGGAUGGUAAGCUCAGAGCCAAACAGUAUAAAGGAGGAAGCAAUUUCCAAAUCCCAGUUUUAUUAUACUGCCACCUGUCUCACACCUCUAAACUUAUUGCGUUUUGUUGGCACCAAGACUGUCAGCACUGACCUUCAACAAUCCUGAGCUCAUCCACUCUGUGUGCUUGCUCUCCUUGUGUUCGGCCUCAGAUCUGGCUUUCGUCUUUGCAAUCAUUCCCUGGUGGAGCCAACUGGUAGAUGCAGGUGUGCAUAAUUAGAGUUUGAUUUCAGAAGUUUAAUUCUAGAUGUCACACACAGCCAAAACCUCCUGCAACUUUGCCACAGACUAAAACUUUCCUUCCUUACUUUCCUUCCAUGUAUACUUAUUCAGCACUCAGCUGGCAAAGUUCUGUAACAUCUGUAUCUGCAACUAGGGUAGGCAGGGUCUUUUGCCAUCACUGGGCAAAAGUUGUACCAGAAGCCUAUGGAAUUUUCAAGUGGUCUAAUAGGAAACCAGACUUCUGCACCUCCUCUUGGCUCUGAAGGCUUUAGGAAAUCUAGCCUGUGAUGACGGAUUUUAGCCAAUCCCAGUGCUUUUUACACACAACAGUCUGAGUCUGAAUCCUGGUUAAAGUCACACAUGAAUGCUGACGCUUAGCUUUACUAUCUUUGCAUGUUUGCAAUAUGUGCUUGUGUGGUUGAAAUUCUGACGUUUUGUUUGCCUGUUUGUUGGUCUUUCUUACAUUCCUGUCUACCGCAGCUUUAAGUGCAAACAUGUUGUGUUUAUGGUCAACCUAAUGGCAAUGUCUUGUCAUUUGGCCUGCCACUUUGUUACAGACUAAAAUAUCCCAACAGCUACAUUGUUCCAGACAUUACUGGUCACUCAAGUAUAAUUUUUGUCUUAUUGAAGUAGCGUUCGGACCUGGAAACGGCUUUAAAAUGCAAAGUUGCAAUUUCCACUCUUUUCUUUACUCUGUGCAGUGGAUAUAUGUCUACACACAAAUUUAGACAGUCAGAUAAAUGUUAACUUUUAUAUAGCCAUGGUAAACGUCGGUGUGCCUGCUAAACGUCAGCAUGUGCACAUUGUCGCUGUGAGUAUGUUAGCAUGGUGAUGUUCGUAUUUACCUCCAAACCCUGCUGUGCCUGCAUAGAUCCUCACAGAGCUGCUAGAAUGGCGGUAUUCUUGUCAUCAGCUCGGUUUAGUGAAGUAAACGAUUCACUGCUGGACUUCCAUCUUCUCUGAGACGUUUAUUCCUGGGUGUGCGCCCCCAAAUUUAUCAUUGUCACCAGCAGCCUUCCCUUCUCUGUGUACUUUCUAAAUAACUUAAAGCUUUAUUGGCUGAAGGGUCACACCUGUUUGCCAAGGGAUUAGCAAGAUAUUCUUCUGAGCCUGCUGAUGUUGUUUGUCCUUGUCAUGCUCUCUUCCUCCUUUUCUUAUUCCUCAGUACUAGUUUGCCUUGAUGGAUAUUGCUUUCUUAAGAUGAGUGUCAAUGAGUCACUCUAUUGGAAAGGUGCCUGCUUUGCUGUAGUUUUUUUGCAAUAUUAGAUUAAGGUGUUUUAUGUCUUGGAGAACUUUAGGUGUGUGUGUGUGUGUGUGUGUGUGUGUGUGUGUGUGUGUGUGUGUGUGUGUGUGUGU